AUGAAGUACUCAAGAGUGAUUAUGAUGGGGCCACCUGGAUGUGGAAAGGGGACCCAGUCUGGAUUUAUAUCUGGGAGAUAUGGGAUCCCUCAUGUGAGUUCUGGAGACAUUAUCCGAGAGGAGAUGAAGAAGAACACGAAGGAGGCGGAGAUUAUUCGGGAGGUGGUUAAUUCUGGAAGACUGGCAUCUGACGAGCUUGUUAACAAGCUAGUAUUGAAGAAGGUUGAAAGUAUGGAGAAGUACAUUCUUGAUGGAUAUCCUAGAAGGGUUGAUCAAGCCAAGAUGCUAGGGGAUAGUGUUGAUCUGGUGAUAUUUAUUGAUGUUGGGGAGGAAACGUCUGUUCGCAGGAUAUGUGGGCGAAAGCAGGGAAGAGACGAUGAUGUCGAGGAUGUUGCAAGGAAGAGGCAUGAGGUGUAUCUCGAAGAGACAGCGCCUGUUGUUGAGUUCUAUCGAGAGCAAGGGAAGCUUGUCACGGUCAAUGGGGAAGCUACUCCUGAGACGAUUUUCUCUGAGAUAUGCAGGUUAAUUGGAUGA